CUUGAAGGACGAACUCCAACUCGAUUGUGGAACCGAAGUUAUAAAAGAUUUGCUCCGAUACUUUCUUGAUAUUUUUAUUAUUAUUGCCACUGGCACCACAGCAUCACCGAGUUCCAUUUUCCGACCUUUCCGAACAACAAUAAUUAACAUCACUAUCUCCAGAUUAGAGUUAUUCGUCUGGCUGAGGGAUAUGUAAACAAUAUACUGUACGCCCCUCCUAGAGCAUUAUGAACGGGCGCACCGACAACGACACGUCCUCGCUGCCACCGCUGCCGGAGUAUCUUGAAAAAUGUCUUGCCCAACUGCCUGAAGAACAUGGCAUCGACCUCGACUCGCCCUGUGGGCCGUCUCUACAAUCCAUCAGGGCCCUGCGUAGCCGUGGACACCAAUACACGGCGCUGCUGCUGGCGCGACACCGACUGACCGAACAGUUGGGCGAAAGUCCCGGCCCGGUGCCGGAACUGAUCUUGCAACGGGCGGCCAUCUACGAAGCCCUGGGGUACAGUGAGCUCGCGCUCGCAGAUGCCUACGUGGCAUAUACGCUGUGCGAAGUGGUGCUCGAAGGGCCAGACAUUUCGGACCUGGAGCCGCUCGAAGCUAACGGUGACCCGUGGCCUGUCUCUGAAGAUCCUACGGUUGCCUUGGAGCUCAAGUACCGGUCGUUGAUCUUGUUGUGUCGCUCGGCUCUGAUCCUGGGGUGUCAACACCAGGCGAAACUGUGGAUCGACGACCUGCUGGAGGUCAAGAAGAAAUUGUUGGAGACCACAGCCACCGAAGAGUCGCCGUCGAUGACGCCGUCCGAGGCCGCCGUGGACGAGUUCUGCGACUUGUUCACCGUGUACGCGGCGGACCUGAGUCUGAACACCAGUGUGUCGGAGCUGCGGAAGACGCCCAAAUUUAGUCUGUUUGGAUCCAGUUUGCGGCAGGUGUAUCCGUGGAACGACCAUGAGCCGGACCGCAUGUCGCGACACGCCUUGGACGAGAUCAACAACAAGCUCCGGGAGGCGGCGCCAGACUUGGAGGUUGAAAUUACGGUCUUGCCAAGCUUGACCACGCCAAGGACAGGCGGCAAACAAGGUACCAGUACAAGCAGCAGCCCAGAAGGGUCAUCACAGCUUGGCCUGUACGCCAAAAAGGACCUCGCGCCGGGGGCCACGAUCCUGCAAGAAAGAUCGGCCGUGACGGCGAUCCGACCGCACGGCGAGGCGUUGUGCGACGCGUGUGCGGCCGACAUGGAAACCAUCCCUCAAGGUGAACGGUGGUAUUGCCCCGGAUGCAAUCUCCCCUUCUGCUCGGAAGCGUGCUGGGACCUCGCGAGGACAAAAUACCACGCGCCCAACGAGGACGACGAAGAGACCGACGAGGGCUAUCCUCCCGGCCAGACGCCCUUCUGCCCAGGCACCAGCGGCAACGAAGACAUCCACGUCCUCGGACGGGCCGAGAGUUCCACCACGCCCGAAUGGGACUUGUAUUUCCUCUUGCUGUCGCGCACCAUGCAAAUGGCCGAAACACAGCGAGUCCAUCCCUUGGAUCUGUUCGAGAUCAAGUACCUGUGGGGUGACUGGUCGUCGCGGGCGCCCAACAACCUUAAGAUACCUUUGAAGUCCGGUCCCAAGACCCUGCCCUACAGCGUGCGCCACCACGUCGAAUUGGUGCUGCAGUGGUUCGAGAUCCUGAUGCACUCCCGCCCCCGCUGUCGGCCGUACAGCAAGCAAUGGCUGGUAAAAUACGACUGGUGGAUCAUCCAGACCCUAUUUGCCAAGUUUCGUGGUGUCGCGGACGCCCAGCAGUCCACUUGGACGGGCAAGCCUGAGGUCGCGGCCGUCCAUCCGCUUUGGUGUCUGGCUAACCAUAGCUGCAAUCCGAAUGUGACUUGGAAACCGUCUGGUGUGAGGAAUUUGACUGUUGUCAGGGAAAGAGUUUGGCAGCCGCAGCAGGUUUCUUCAAGUCUGGCGAAUGGUCAUGGGAGCGUGAAUGGUAGUAAUGGUAACGCCAACGCCAACGGCGUUUCCGUUCCGUGGACCGGAAUCAAGGCGGGUGAGGAGAUUUGGAACCAUUAUACCGAUAUCCACGAGACCGAUGUUCGGCAGAGGAGAGCCAGACUACGCGCCGUGCUUGGUGGCGAUUGCAGAUGUGAAAGAUGUACUGCCGAGGAGAAACUGAUUACUACAACAAGUAUCCGAGGCGGUUGAACGGUGACUCGGACUAUUACCUAGGUAGGUAAAUGAGCUACCUUACUAGCAUACCGUUGCGGCCGAUGGCGAGUCGAAUGGUUACUGGUCAAAAUUCAACUUGAAGCUCGGGAGUUGCGUUGUAUCCAGUGGCAUUGGACCUGGUGUCCAAGAGGAAUUUGCACGAUGCCGCAAGAAACGGAGACGGAUGACUCUCGCACUCUACGGCUACACGAGGCUUGCUGGCUUGCUGGCUGGACUUGCAGCACUGCAACCCUCUGGUGCAGUGCCAUCACGGUAUUGAUACGAGGACAGGACCAGGCUGGACGAGCUCAAGCUCCUUUCUACAUCCCAGUCCUGAUAUGAAGACAUAUCAAUAAGGUAUCUUCCGACAUACAGAUACUCUCCUGUGGUCUGAUGAUUUCGGUCAUUGGCUUCAUGCUCCCGACUGAGAUAUCACAGCCACUGCCACUACCACAGUGGUUUUGUUUCUGCCCUUGAGACAACGGCUGGCAUGUGCAUGGGAAUGGGCAUGGCAUGGAUGUGGCCUCUCUGCAGUGGCAGGCGAGAAAAAGGGAAAAGGAAAGGAGAAAGGAAGGUCCCUUGUAGUACCUACCUAGGUAGGGAAGUGAGCGGUCUGGUCAAGGUACCGAAUGUGCACUGUCUGACUUUGGAUUACAACAUUUCCAUAUAGGUAGUAGGAUGCGAAUUUUACUUAGCGUACGCAGGGAAAAGAUUGUUGUCAGGCAGCUGUAUUUCAUCCAAUGUUCGAAACUUACAUAGCACGAUAGCAUAGUGGCUUAAUUAGGUAGUCACCUUCAUGUUCGACGCACUAUUACAAUACAUACCUAUUGGUACCUAGGUAAGUAGGUGCCAAUCAACCAGUACUAACCUCCAUUUUGCUUGAUGGGCCUGUUGUUGUAGGCCACUAGUCCUUUCCGUCUGGCUCAUUCAGACGCCAUUGACCAUGCUCAAAUAAUGA